GUUGAUGAUGGCGAUUGUCCUCCAGUCAGGAUGGGCGGAGCUGUUAGUGCCGGCGAGGACAACGACGACCUGAUCGACAACCUGAAGGAGGCGUACUACAUCCGCACCGACCUGGUGGAGCGAGCCUUCAGAGCCAUCGACCGGGCCGACUACUACCUGGAUGAAUACCGGGACAACGCCUACAAGGACCUCGCUUGGCGACACGGGAACAUCCACCUGUCUGCUCCCUGCAUCUAUUCCGAGGUGAUGGAGGCCUUGGAGCUCCAUCCUGGCCUCUCCUUCCUCAACCUGGGGAGCGGGACCGGCUACCUGAGCACGAUGGUCGGGCUCAUUCUGGGUCCGUUCGGAGUGAACCAUGGAAUAGAGCUCCAUGCGGAUGUGAUCGAUUACGCCUACCAGAAGUUAGACUCCUUCAUCAAAACCAGCGACAGCUUCGACAAGUUUGAGUUCUGUGAGCCGUCGUUCGUGGUCGGGAACUGCCUGGAGAUCCCACCUGAGAGCCGCCACUACGACAGGGUCUACUGCGGGGCGGGGGUGCAGAAGGAGCACGAGGAGUACAUGAAGAACCUGCUGAAGGUGGGGGGCAUCCUGGUGAUGCCUCUGGAGGAGAAGUUGACCAAGAUUAUCCGCACCGGAGUGAACAGCUGGGAGACCAAGAAGAUCAUCUCUGUGUCUUUUGCUCCUCUGGUUCUGCCUAAGCACAGUCCGAAGAGCAAAGCCAAGAUGGCGCCGCUGCCCAAGUACGAGGUCCGGACGCUGCAGGAACUCGCCCGCAUCUGCAUUCGCCACACCCUGAGAGUGACCCCGGACGAGGGGGACGGCCAGUCCCGCGGCCGAGGCUCCUCCUUCAGCGUGGGCAGGGGACUGGCAGCCGCCGGCCUCCAUAAGUACGGCCCCCGCUUCAAGCGCCGCCGCGUUCACCGCCGCCACUGCAACGCUCUCAUGCUCGCCACCCGACAGGCGGUGGCCAGCAGCGGGGUGGCCCCCACCUCCCUGGACAGCAACAACAACCAGGAGGGGCGGGCGGAGGACGAGGAGGCGGCCGGGGAGCGGCAGGCCAGGCGGCCGAUGAGGGGGAGCCGACAGGCCGGCAGAGGGAGGCUGGUGGAGGAGGAGGAGACCGUGGAGGAGGAGGUGGAGGAACGAGACGAAGAGGAGGAGAAGGAAACGGGCGAGCUGCUCCGCCCCCAGCCAGCGGUGAACCUCCUGAGGGAGCGGAUCCUGGGCCUGCCGCUCCCCGAGCCUCUGAAGAUGUACCUGUUGUUCUACAGAGAGAAAUGAAUCUGCCAAGGCCUCUGCUCCAACUGGACAGUCGACAGCCGGACCAUCCCCUCCAUCCUCCCGUCUCUCAGCUGCUCUUUACUCCAUUCUGUUUCCAGAGACUGAAGAAUCCGACCUGUUUAUUUAUCCUGGGUCUGGGGGGGCGGGGCUUACACCUCCACCAGCUUUAAGGCGGGAUUCUGAGAUGAAAAUCCCACAAAUGAAGAGUUUACAAAUUCAAAAAAUCAGCGAAUGAGAACCGGGACCAGAAUCAGAGCGAAGUCGGCCGUGGCGAGGCUGAGUCUCCGCCGCGGUCCGUUAGCUCGCCUAGCUUCAGCCAUGGAUCCGUUUAUCCAACACCGCAUGUUUUCCUCAUUAAUGGAGGCAGGAAGGAGAAGUCCAGGUUUUCCUCAGUGAACAUCUUCCAUCACGCCGCCACUAAAGGUGGAACCACAGUGAUGACGUCAAGUUUAGGGUCCUC